GAGUAACAGGAAAUAAAUGCGUGACUGUCUCCACACUAUCGUUCUUGAAUUCAUCCGUCAGUUCAGAUUUUUUAUCCAGUUGAAACGCAACAACUCGAAAGACAAUGGGAGCGGCAUCAGUGAUCAAAUAUUUGCUAUUCUUUUUCAACCUGCUCAUUUGCACUGGAGGUCUAAUUUUGCUCGGCUGCGGAGUUUUGCUUCACAUCGAGCUCGCCAAACAGGACGGGGCCCAAUGGAAAUACAUAGCCAUUGGUUUCAUCACGCUAGGAGCAAUUAUCUUUGCGAUAGCGUUCCUGGGGUGCUGUGGCGCGCUGCGAGAGUCGACUUGCAUGCUCAACACGUUUGGAACUCUGCUGCUGUUUAUAUUCCUGAUCCAAGUGAUUUGCGCGGUUUUGCUGGUUGUCUAUGAAAAUCAAUUUAUCGAUGGAGUCGGAAAAGCUUUGAAAAUUUCUCUCGGACAGUACAAGGAAAAGCCCGACGCAAAAGAAUUCUGGGACAAUAUCCAACCAUCGCUGGGGUGCUGUGGCAGCGCCAAACCAUCAGACUGGCAAGAAAGCGGUUUGCAAAUUCCAAGUUCUUGUGAAUGCAAAGAAAGCGAUGGAAACAAGAAGUGCGGAAAUGUUGGCAACCAGAAAAUUUAUACUGAAGGGUGCUAUAAUAAGCUGUUGCACGCCGUGAAAAGCUCCAUCAUCAUUGUCGCCGCAGUUGCUUUCGCUGUCGCCCUCGUUGAGCUGAUCGGGGCAAUAUUCUCAUUUCGUCUUGCUUCCACUAUCAGAAAGAGAGAGCAUGGGUUCUACUAGAACGAACUUCAAAUUCCACAGAGCGAAAGAUUUGUAAUGAAGUAUAUAUAUUAUUAUGUUAAAAAUUUAAAUGUCUAUUUCCCAAUAGAAAACAUAAUUAGAAUUAUUAUACUGAUUGAGGAUAUCCUGUUAUACAGUAUGCUUAUAAUUUACACAAAACACUCCAUUGUAAGUUGCAAUGUAACGUGUUGUAUAGAUUAAUUGGUUGUAACGUACGUAAAUAAUUAAAAAACAGAUAAUUAACUUUAGUUUCUUAAUAUUUCCGUGCCGUUUAAAUCAGUGACAAAACGUUGAAAGCUUUGAGCAACGAAUAAUAUUUACACAUUUAAUCGAUAUAAAGCGUUAUUGCAUCUGUCAGUUAUCAGUUAAAAUUUGUUAAUGCAAUAUAUAUUUUGUGUUCCUUAUAAUUAUCUUGAAUUUUUUCAGCGAAAUUAAGCAAGUUACAAGUUUAGUUUUAAAUUUCUCAAGAUUCAUUUCGUAAACUACAAAAGUUUCCACUCUACAAACAGUGCCUAUUCUAGGAAAUUUAGUAAUUAAAAACCAUUAUAAAAAUAAACCAGAUUUUAUUUCUACACA